GCAGUCAGCCCUUGGCGGGGAGCACACUCUGAAUCAGCCUGUCUCGCGCAGGAGAUGACGGACCGUGUCUCUGCGCCCGCAGCUCACCGAGCAGCAGCGUAAAGUCACGACUAAACCUCCGAAGUUCGCUUUCUCCACGCGCUCUCUUCAAUGUCACCAUGCGCAGCAUCUCAUCCUGCGGUGCACUGCUGUCAGUCUACUACCCCCAGAUCUUCCUCAUCCUCACCAGCGGCAGCUACCUGGCUUUGUCUUCAGUCGUGGCUUUGGGCGCUAACAUCAUCUGCAACAAGAUCCCCGGCCUGGCCCCCCGACAGCGCGCCAUCUGCCAGAGCCGCCCAGAUGCCAUCAUCAUCAUUGGGGAGGGCGCUCAGCUGGGCAUCAACGAGUGCCAGUAUCAGUUUCGCUACGGACGGUGGAACUGCUCUGCCCUUGGCGAGAGGACCGUCUUUGGGCAAGAGCUGAGAGUAGGUAGCAAGGAGGCUGCAUUUACCUACGCCGUCACGGCAGCAGGUGUUGCCCACGCUGUGACAGCAGCCUGCAGUCAGGGCAACCUGAGCCACUGUGGCUGUGACAGAGAAAAACAGGGCUAUCACGACCAGGAGGAGGGCUGGAAAUGGGGCGGCUGCUCGGCAGACGUCAAAUACGGAGUGGAGUUCUCCAGACGCUUUGUAGAUGCCCGAGAGAUUAAAAAAAACGCAAGGAGACUAAUGAACCUGCACAAUAACGAAGCAGGAAGAAAGGUCCUAGAGGAACGGAUGAAGCUGGAAUGUAAAUGUCAUGGCGUCUCCGGCUCAUGUACCACAAAAACCUGUUGGACGACUUUGCCGAAAUUCCGAGAGAUCGGCUACGUCCUUAAGGAGCGUUAUGCCACUGCAGUCGAGGUGGAGGCUGUGAGAGCCACGCGUUUUCGGCAACCGUCUUUCCUGCGUCUCAAGCAGUCCCGUGGGUACAUAAAGCCCACCGACACAGACUUGGUUUACUUGGAGCGCUCGCCCAACUAUUGUGAGGAGGACGCUGCCACGGGGAGCGCAGGAACGAGAGGGCGGCUGUGUAACCACACGUCUCCUCACGCGGACGGCUGCAAUCUGAUGUGCUGCGGCCGAGGCUACAACACCCAUCAGUACACACGCGUGUGGCAGUGCAACUGCAAGUUCCAGUGGUGCUGCUUCGUUAAGUGUAACACCUGCAGUGAAAAGACGGAGGUGUUUACCUGUAAAUGAGCGAGUGGUAGAGUUAAACAGACAAGAAAGAAAGUCGAGAAGCCAAUGGAAAGAAAGAGGAAGUCUUUUAAACAGAAAUGGAAGUGGCUUCAUUUGCACAUCAGGCAGUCUUUAUGCAAGAAAGCCCCGCUGAAGAAGACUGGGAUGAAUAAUGAAGAUGCCGCAACUUCAGAGGAAAAUGCACUGACCUCAGACAGACUUUUUGUGAAUUCAUGCAAACAUAUUGACGCUACAUAUGCAGUGCAAGGCUUUUGUAAACCUCAGAUUCUCAUAGACUUGAGAAAGUCAGCUGGGGCCUGUCCUAAGGACCACAUAUUGACUCAAUACUCCUAUUGGACAGUCUGAACUGCCCACAAAAGUCAUCUUUUUCAAAAUAAGGCAAGAAGAACUUGUAAAAUGUCCCACCAGCUGAGCCCUAAUGGGAGUUCAUGAGGAGAAACGUGCUGCAACUUUGCAACUCUGGAAACGCUGGAAAGCUUCAGCCACACUGUAUCUGUUUGAACACUGAAAACCAUGACCUUUUUCCCUUCUCUUUGGAGAAAAAGUCUGAAUAUGUUCAGAUGUCUCAUAACGGUACACAGAAGUAUGAACUUCUAAUGUAUUUGCUACUGAUCUGUUGCUUCCAAAACUCAACCCAAAACAGUACUGGAUAUUGCGUAUGUAAAAAGAGCUUGUUUUGCAGUUUACAGAUUAAGAAAAAGGGUCAACUCAUUCCAACACUUGAAACUAUCAUUUUGGUAAAUACGUUGCCAAUUGCUGCACUGGUGAGCUUUAAGUUUGUGUUUUUUAUGAGAAGAGAAGCUUCCUUAGUCAUCUAUAAAGACUUGGCCAUGUAUGCUGCAAUGCUCUAAGCGUGAGUGUGUAAACGUGUGGGAACGAAAGAGAGAGAGCUUUUACAUACUUAAUAGAAAUGCGAGCCACCACCGCUUGAGUGACCAAACCAUUCCCACGAAUGCCAGAGACAUGGGAUUCCACAUCACUGCUCCGGCGUGCACAAGGUCUAGUUAUAUUCCGCCUGAGCCAAUGGACCAUACAGCUAUCGGUCGAAAAACGGUUGAAAGGUCACUGGAAAUAUUUUGAGUUUUUUCAAAUCUAAAUUGUUUAUACGAGUUAUAUGGCUGAUAAAUUUGUUCAAAUAUAUUUUUUUAUGUAGAGAAUAUGGCACUUUACGUCAGGUAUAUUCAGAGUAAUUAUUGAUAUGGUUUUCUUUGUCAUGUUUUUAUUGUUUAAUUGCGGGUCUAUAAUUUUUGUCCCGGUCUAAUUAUGUAGUCUAAUUAUGUCUAUUUUCCUGAAUUCAAGUUUGACAUGAAACCAUCUCAUCUUUUUGUUGCCUGGAUGUAUUUAUACUUUUUUUGGCAAAGAUUUACACUAAAAUUGCUAGAUAAAUAAUGAAUCAAACAUUUGGAUCAAAUACGUUAAACUGUGGUCAUUUGAAUUCAUCUCAUUACUAAGCAAAAUGAUGCCAUGUUGUUAAACGCACAUCAACAUCUCGGAAAGUUCCCAGAAGCGCAGAGCGGCUCAUAGUUGUGGGUGUAGAUACUGCGAAACGCUGAUCUCGGAGGGACACAGAGCAGUUCCCGCCUGGGUUUGAAUAGGCAUCCGACCUGGCUCAUUCAUUCACCCGCCGUAUGCUCUCUGCCCCUCUGCUCUUUUUCCUGUGGGUGAAAAGCAUUGCAGGCAGCCACCGAAGCAGAAGUAAACUGGACUUGUUUUGUUAGCCGUCUGAACUGCUGGGUACCGGAACCGCGUAAGCUCCCAACACUAUACCCCGGAUUGAGAGAAAAGUCAACCCCGAUUGUUUCGCACAAACAUUUUGUCAUUAAAAAAUAUGAGGCAGAAAAAACAGGGUGUGGCGGGGAGAGCAGAGGCCUCCACAGAGGGGUAUUAAUGCGACGGGGGGUGUAUGUGUGGACCACUCAGCUCAUUCCAGAAUGGGACGGGGCGAGAUGUGAUUUUGUAAGCUAAUACUUCUGGUCUGAUCCACGUACGAAAACCUAAGGGCAAAACCAGAUGGCCGAGAGAGCAAAAAAGUGGUGUGGGAUAAACAGAGGGAGAGAAAGACCUGAUAACUGUUUUCUGGUUGCUUUUCUAAUGCCCUGUGUAUAUUCGACUGGGCUGUAUACAAUCACAAUCAACAAGAAUCUAGGGACACUAGUUAUAUGUGUAAAGAGCAAUUUAUACUGUUUUUUGAAAGUAUGCAGAGUAUACAUUCUAUUGUAAAGAAACAAUGUCGUUAUCAAAAUUAAAUUAUUUGAUUUAUCAACAUGUA